UCCUAUCGCGACAUAUUUGCAGAUAUGAGCGCAAUCAAUGCAAAAGCCAACUCAGCGAUAGUCGUGAGCGAGGCCAUACCAGAAGAUCGCAAGCGAUCCUAUGGGACUUCGGAGCCAGAAGGCGAAAAUAAUGAGUCCAAAAAUCCAUUUUUGGAUCCUGAUAUCGCGGAAUAUUGGGCCGAUGUGUAUGAAAAAGCACAAUAUGAGUGUCGGCAUGUGUUCGAUCCUUCUCUCACCUGGACACCAGAGGAAGAAAGGGCUCUCGUCAGGAAGCUGGACUGGAGGAUCUGUCUUUGGGCUUGCGUCAUGUUCUUCGCGCUUCAGGUCGACCGAGGAAAUCUGGUACAGGCAGUCUCUGAUACUUUCCUGGCUGACUUGGGUUUAACUACCAAUGACUACAACUACGGAAAUAUCGUUUUUCGACUUUCCUUUCUCAUUGCAGAGCUGCCUUCUCAGUUGGUGUCCAAAAAACUCGGACCGGAUCGUUGGAUUCCCAUUCAAAUGGUGCUCUGGUCAGUAGUAGCAAUAUCGCAGUGUCGUUUGGCCGACCGAAAGACGUUUCUGGUGACCCGAAGCUUGCUGGGUGUUCUCGAGGGUGGCUUCAUCCCCGACAUUGUCCUGUGGCUCUCCUACUUUUAUACAGGUCGAGAGCUUCCAGUCCGCCUAAGCUUUUUCUGGACCUCGCUUUCCGUGACCACAGUCGUGACCUCCCUCCUGGCCUUCGCGGUCUUUCACCUCAGCGGUGUCCACGGCAUGGCCGGCUGGCAAUGGCUGUUCCUCAUCGAAGGACUAAUCACCCUCGCCAUCGGCCUCGCCUCUUUCUUUAUGAUGCCAGCCUCAGUCGUGCAAACAAAAACCUGGUUCCGACCCAAAGGCUGGUUCACUGACCGUGAAGUUGCGAUCGUCGCCAACCGCGUUCUUCGCGAUGAUCCAUCCAAGGGCGACAUGCACAACCGACAAGCGAUCACGCCUACAAGACUCUGGUCGGCGAUCAAGGAUUACCACAUGUGGCCAAUCUACCUGAUUGGCAUCGUUGCAUAUAUCCCACAGUCGCCCGUAAACUCAUACAUCACGCUGACACUUCGGUCAGUCGGGUUCAACAAGUUCAAUACGAAUUUGCUCACGAUUCCGGCAAGUGUCUUUCACAUUUUCAAUCUUUUGUUAAUUACGUGGAUCUCCAGUCGGCUCAAUCAGUGGGCUUUGGUCGCCAUGUUCCAGGCUAUAUGGACGUUGCCCUGCCUGUUCGCUUUGCGUUUCUGGCCGAACGUUAUCUCAGAUGCUUGGGGAACAUACGCGGUUGUGACAGUUCUGUUGAGCUACCCAUACUGCCACGCAAUUGUGGUCGCGUGGGUAUCGAGAAAUGCUAACAACGUCGGAAAUCGAUCCGUCUCAGCUGCGCUGUACAACAUGUCGGUCCAGGCUGGUGACAUUGCGGCUUAUUUCAUCUACCGAGAUGACGAUAAGCCGAAAUAUCGCAGAGGAAAUACCGCUCUCAUUGCGAUCAAUAUUGUUGUCAUUGUACUGUUCCUUGGAGCAAAGGCUUACUAUGUGUAUGAGAACAAGAGGAGAGAGAAGAUCUGGCAGGCAUUGUCCGAGCAAGAACAGGCUGAAUACAUCAAGGAGGCCAAAGAACAAGGAAGUAAGAGAUUGGAUUUCAGGUUCGCUCAUUGA